GCGAGCGACUGUCAUCGCUAGUUUGGGCAUGAACCGCCCGAAAUUGUGCCAGAUUUCCAUUUAACCGGGAUCGGGAGUCCAGAUCCCCAAGAGAAAUAACCAUGUUGAGACCCCAGCCAUCGAUGCCAUUGCCACAGCCGCCCGGUAAGCGCAAAAAGCCCGCGGAACUCCAGUUAUCGUGCGGAUGGCGCGGUUGCCAGGAGAUUUGCACGGGCGAAUGGAACCUCAAUUCCCACAUUGCCGAGCAUCUGGAGCAGUAUGCCCGGGACCAGGACAGUGAGGAGGAUCAGCAUCACUGCACGUGGAACUCCUGCGACUUCUGCACCGAAGACCUGGUUGAAUUCGAACGACAUUCGUACUAUCACGGUUACUACCUGCACCUCCUGCUGCAGGGCAAACUGGAGUGUGACCUGCAUCCGGAAAUCCCUGCCUGCACUGCUCCUGCCCGCCUCGUGGACAAGCUACCCAUUCUUGGCCAGAAUUUCCGCUGCGGCUGGACGGACUGCGAGCGGGAGUUCGUCUCGAUUGUCGAGUUCCAAGAUCAUAUAGUAAAGCACGCCCUGUUCGAGUACGAUAUACAGAAGACGCCGGAGGACGAGCGACCCAAGACCAUGUGCAACUGGACUAUGUGCCACAAGCACAUGGGCAACAAGUACCGCCUCAUCGAGCACAUCAGCACGCAUUCGAACAAGAAGCUGGUGGCCUGCUUCCACUGCGGUGAGCUAUUCCGCACUAAGACCACGCUCUUCGAUCACCUGAGACGCCAGCCGGAGAACAACACGAACAGCUUCCAGUGCGCGCAGUGCUUCAAGUUCUUCGCCACCAAGAAGCUACUAAAGAGCCACGUGGUGCGGCAUGUAAAUUGCUACAAGUGCACCAUGUGCGACAUGACCUGCAGCUCGGCCAGCUCGCUGACCACCCACAUCCGGUAUCGCCACCUUAAGGAUAAGCCCCUGAAGUGCAGCGAGUGCGAUACGCGCUGCGUCCGGGAAUCGGAUCUGGCCAAGCACAUCCAGAUUGUCCACUCGAAGACGGUGCACCAGUGCGAGCAUCCCGACUGCCAUUACUCCGUGCGCACCUACACGCAAAUGCGAAGGCACUUCCUGGAGGUGCACGGCAACAAUCCCAUUCUGUAUGCCUGUCAUUGCUGCGAGCGCUUCUUCAAGAGCGGCAAAUCCCUAUCCGCCCACCUGAUCAAAAAGCACGGCUUUCGGCUGCCCUCUGGCCACAAGAGAUUCACCUACCGGGUGGACGAGAACGGAUUCUAUCGCCUGGAGACGACGCGCAUCGAGAGUUUGGAGGUGACGCAGCAAAUACUAUCGCCGCAGGUGAAUGUCUCGCUAGAGGUAGAUUUGAAACCGGGCACUGGCACAUGUUACGAGAUCGUGGAUCCUACAAACACCGAAUUCGAGCGCAUCAUCGUCUCGAAUGAUCCGCACGAGGCGCAGCUGAUGGGCGAGGUGGUCAUCUCGCUGCCCAGCCUAACGGAGGAGCUGUGAGGAAUGCAGAUGUACGGAACCAACGGCAGCUAACACUUUUGAUCUCGCGUGCCCCCCUUUAAAUUUAAGCACUAGCAGUUAGACUUAAGUAGAAAAUAGGAAAAUGAGGUGACAAGUCAUAACGCCCAGGUACAAAAUGCCCAUGACAAGAUUAAUCAUAGCAAGUAAUCAAAAUCAAGGGGUAACGCCACUCCGGAAUUAGGGAAAACAACUGCCUUUGUGUAAUAACUACCCUAACUAUAUAAUUAAACUAAUAUUCAUUGUUUUUGUAUUUUGAUCCCUACUAACAACUCACUUUUAAAAUUUCAAAAUUUAUAGAUAAUUAACUAGAGUCUGUGUUUUGUUUCGUCUUUAAUUAUUUUGUGAACCACUGUUUUUUGAUUGCCCAACAUUUUCGUAUUCAAAAAAAUAUACACAUAAUUGUGGCUCAAUUAGUAGAAGAGUAUAUAAGUCGAAACACCAUUUUUUAAUUAAUAAUGCAGAAAUGUUAUUUGUGUAAAUUCAUGUUGCGUAAAUUUGACUUUAUAAUAUACAGAGCGUGAAAAUGUAAAAGUUGUAAGGCUCUUUAACUCAUAGUUUAUUUGAAAUAAUAUUUUAUUUGGUUCUUAAAUUAUAUUUGGUUCACUUUAUUUAGUGAAUUAGUUUUCAAAGCUUUAAAAUACUGUUCCCCGUUCCCCUUUAACUUAAAAAUGCAAAAUCGUAUUUGUGUUUUAACUUGUUCUCAAUACGUAUUGCCACCAAGUUUUACAUGGGCUAGUAAAUUUUCGUAAAUUAUCAAAACUGGGCGAAUGUCGUCACCGGAAAAUUCAUUGAUUCUAUACAAUCAUAUCUCUAAACCAUUAUUAUUAUUUAAGGUUGUAUAUGCGUGCCUGCCCCUCUGUGUGUAAAAUGUAUGUGAGUGGUUGGCAUUGCCCUGCAGUUCUGUUCAUCAGUAAAUCACCAAUACAACUUAAUUUGCAUUGAUGAGGUUGGUCAUUGAUUAAAGGAACUGCAGGGUACCUAUCCCGGAUCGGGAUCCAUUUGUCAUUUAGUCCUAAGCCAUUUGACAGUUUCCAGUAGCAACUUUAUCGAUUAAGGUGUGUAGCCAAUAAAGAAACAAAGCCAAGAAAA